AUGAGCCAAAGUAAUAAUAUUGAUGAAAAAAAUGAAAAUGAUUUAGAAAAAAGAAGUUUAGAUGAAAAUUUGGAUAUGGAUUAAUGCUUAGAAUAUGUGAAUCCUAAGGGAAAGUAUUAAUAUAUAUUAUUCUUGAUCCUGCUUGGUUAGGGUAUAAUUGGAUCCUUUAUAUUUGUUGGAGGUCCUUAUUUUUUUGAAGAUCCUAUUUUUAUUUGCUAAGAUGGAUCUAAGUGCAAAUAAGUAGACGCUUGCAAAUAAAAAAACUUUCAAAUUUUAGAGAGCAGCAAUAAUACUUUUACUAAAUAGUUUGAACUAUAUUGUGACAGGUAGUAUCUAAAAAACUUAAGUCUUAGCUUUAUUUUUAUAGGCUCUCUUUUUGGGACAUUCUUUUUUAGUUUUUUAAGUGAUCUUAAGGGAAGAAGGCUGCCUAUGAUAAUUUCUUGGGCCUUUAGUUUAAUGGGAAUAGGAAUUUUAGCUUUUUCGCAAAAUGUAGCUAUGAUAUUUAUUGGUCAAUUUUUUGGAGGAUUUGGAAUUUAUCCUGCUAGUACACUAGCCUUUAUCAUUUUGAGUGAAUAAUCCAUAGGUAAAUUUAGAAAGGUAACAACAGGAUUUCUAUUAUUAGGUUUUACAAUCAGUGAAGGAAUACUUAAUUUACUUGGGUAUCUUUUUAAUAACAAUUGGCAAAUUUUAAUUAGAUAUUGGUUCUUCAUACCAAUGAUACUUUUAUAAUCUACUAUGUUUUAUAUUAUAGAAAGUCCUAGAUUUUAUCUUAAUAAAGACAAACACAAGGUUGUUAGUUGUUUAAACAAAAUUGCAGUUAGGAAUGCUAAAAACUCUUACUAUUCUCAAUAAAAGCUAACUAAAGAACAAAUCGAUUUCAAUAAGUAUUCUUUAGUUAAAAAGAAAGGAACUUAUUCCUACUUUACUCUAUUUAAAUAUAAAUCAACAAAAUGGGUCACUAUCGCUUGUUCGAUCUAGAAAUUUUUAAUGAUAUUUGUAAAUUACGGCGCUUAGUUUUCUGUUUCUGACUUUGGAUUUAGCAUUUAUAUUAAUGCAACAAUUGGAUUUUCAGCAGAACUAUUAUCUUAUGCGUUCCUAGUUAAAGUUUUAAAUUAAUUCAAAAGAAAACCGUCUGCUUUAUUUUUUUAAAUUUUGAGUAGUUUAUUUUGCCUGUUAUUUAUAGCUUUUCCAAUUCCUGACUCAUGUGUAGAUAGCAAUUGCUAUCAAAAAUUUAUGCAAAUAAUCCUUUAUUUUCUUUCUAGAAUCUCAAUAACAGCUUACUUCGUUAUUAUAAGUGCUUAUUUUCCUGAGCUAUACCCAACCUCUGUAAGAAGUUUAGGUUUAGGAUUCAUAAGGGCAACAGGAAUCUCAGGGAGUAUCCUCUCUUCAUUUGCAAUCAGUUGGAGUAAAGACUUAGGGAUCUCCCCUCUAGUUUCUUUUGGCAUAAUUGGAAGCUUGGGGAUAAUAUUUGGAUUUUAUCUACCUGAAACUUAAAAUCUUCCAUUGAAAGAUGAAAUUAGUGAAAUUAAGUAUUACAAAGACUCUAUAUUAGAUAUAGAUGAGAAAUAAAAUGUUUCAAAAGAAAGUCACAUUUUUAACAACUACAAAAAUGGUGAUGAUUAAGAUGAUUGA